CCUCAGUCUCCGGGCUUCAUUCAUAAACUCGAGCUCCCAUUAGGAUGAAAUAUAACGCGUCUUCUGGAGGAUCGUGCUAUUGGCGAGCGCUCAUAACGCGUCCCUCACACGGACAGCAUGAAUUACAAAUAGGUGUCACACAUUCAGUGUUGGAUCAUGAGUGAUGAGUCUCUGAUACAGACCCGCCGGACCACCCAGGACGUGCCGCUGGCUUCAGACGCUCAGGAGAACUACAUUCUUCUGCUGGUGUUGUUGUGUGUGUUUGCUGUUGGGACUCUGAUGGUUCUCUUCACUCUGCUCUUCUUCUGUCAUCGUUGCUGUGGACCACAGCGCAGACACUCCAGAGCCAGUGAGGACCAGGAGAAGACCAACACCACAUACAUCGAGGAGAGUCAACCAGCACAGGACGUCAGCUGCGAGUCUGUCUCCAGUUGUCAUGGCGAUACAGAUGCUGAUCACUUUCUGUCUGUGGCCGGCGCGGCCCGACGGGUGUCGUUCAACGAGAAUGCCAUCUAUGAGCCGAGCGCAAAAGACAAAGAGAGAGGACGCAGGUACACACUCACAGACGGAGACUUUCAUCACCUGAAGAAAUCUCGACUGACACAUGCACACAUGCAGCCGCCCGCUCUGAAGAUCAACACCAUACUGGAGUGUGACACACCUGACAACAACAUCACAACUUCUGAUGACACCAAAAACACACAUUCACUCGCCAUAUUCCAGCCGGUUGAGUGUGUGUCUUCAGACUCAUGUGUCCUGUGGAUGAAUCAAAGCUGUGGUUCUGCUCUACCUGGAGACUCUCUGAACACCAGUGAACACACCAGCACACCCCCAAACCCAUCUCAGACCCUGGAGAUGUUGAACACAAACACACUGACGGAUGGAGAUCUGGUCCUCACGGGAGCGGCGGGCGGUGGUCCGGCUCUGACUCAGGGCAGCGUUUUUCAUUUUCUGUCGAAACUCCGCCGUCAUGCCAGUCUGGAAGAUGCCGGUCCGUUCUACAGCGUGAAGAAGUGGAGCUUUGACAGCGUCCAGAGAGCCGCCAGUCUGGACACCAGAGAUUCUCCUCGCAGACGAGCAUUUCAGAGGCAGAGAGCGGCCAGCGAGACUUCGGAAGAAGAACAGCUGCAGAGUGUAGUCUGUGACUUUCUGUCUAGAAAUCAUCCCGUUCGCCCAAAGAAGGAUCCACCGAGACGUCUAUCAGCCGGAUCUCUGGCGCUUGACGCAGAACCUGAACUCAGCAGGUUGGAGGUGGAGAGAGCGAUGGAGCUCAGAUGCAGCACAGAAACCAAUCCGUCAUCCGCUCUGGAGGUGAAGAGCGCCGAGGAGAACGGACACACAUCUGAAGAGUUUGGAGCGGUGAGCCGUCAGGAGAGUUUGGAACAGCCCAGUUUGUAUCGUGACAUCUGGAGCCUGAGAGCGUCGCUGGAGAACUACGCCUCCUCCGACCUCAGCAGUAACGACACGCGCAGCGACGCCGACAGCGUCUGUUCCAUAGGGCCGUUCAGAGCCGGCGUCUCCAGCUUCAGGUCGCAAGACAUCGACGACGACAUGGACGGAGAGCUGCCGUAUGACGAAGGGCUGCAGAGAAACGGACGGGACAGCGUCGACGGAGAAGCAGGCAACAGGAAACUCCUGCAGAUGGACAGCGGUUACGCCUCCAUCGAAGCUCCGUGCAAACCUCCAGAUGACUUCCGUUUGUUUGGAAGUGCGUCUGGGAAGACGGCUUCGGAGCGCCGCCGCUUCUUCACCAGCGCUGGGCGGAAGGGUAUGGUCUGUGAGAGUUUUGACGCGAGGCUGUUCAAAGAGGAGCUGGAGGACGAGGUGAGUCGGGAGGCUGAGAGUUCCCUCGGAGGAGCCGCCGUCAAACCCCGAGCCGCCUUCUGCCGCCGUGACUACAGCAUCGACGAGAAAACCGAGGCGCUGUUUAACGAAUUCUUACGUCACGACCCUCAGUUGGAUCAGCAGGGGUCGCCUUCGCUCCGACACCGUCACCGCUCUCGCGUUCAUCUAAGGAAACAAUGGCAGCGCAGCAAACAGUACAGCGACCCCGGAGUGCCCCAAUACUCGCCAUCGCUGGAGCGCCAGCGCUGCUACCCGCUCCGCCGAGGAGACAGCGCCAACUACCCUCUAGACACCAGAUAUCACAGCACGCUGCCGCGCAUCGCCAGCGCCGCCGACGAGGAGGCCAGCGAGGGAGCAGGCGCCACCCAAUCUCCCGGCCCGUCCACACAGAAUGAAGGUUCUGCUCCUGACCAAGAGGACAACGCAAACAACAGCAGCAGCAACAACAUGAGCCGCCGCUUCUCUUCAGAUCUUCUGCAGGAUUGUGGGAUACAGGAGAGAUGUGCAGACACACAGAAACAUUCAGAGACUGAGCUCGCCACCUCGGAUCCGCAUCACAUCAUCACAAACCCGUCAGACAAACUGAUGUCCGAUCUGGACGAUCGGCUCUACUCCGGUAUGAGGACUUGCACAAGCCAAGAGCGCACAGUGAGCGUGAGCCGCACCUCAGCGACCUGGAGGAGGAAUAAAUCAUCUCAUGACAGACAAACACAACUCACAUCUGCUCUUCUGAGAGAUCACAUUCAGAAGGAAAUCAGUCCGGAUGACAAAAUGACACAAAACAUGAGAAGAAAUUAAAUGAUGUCUAGCAGCAUGUUCUAUUCAGUAUAGGGUUUAUUUAUUACCGCCGGCUCCCAUGAAAAUGUUUAAUUAAUCUCAACAGAAUGAAAAUCUCCCGUUAUGUACAUCCAUCCCAGAAUGCAUUGCUCCUCGGAGUCAAUCGGUGACAAGUGUCUUUAUUAAAGCAAGUUACAUGAACCUCAACAAGCUCAUUUAAACACACACAUGUCUGGUUUAUUAUCUCUCUGGGGACAGUCCAUAGGCAUAAUUAUUUUUCUACUGUAUAAAACUGUAUAUUUUAUCCCCUAAACCUUAAGAUCAUAGAAAACUUUUUGCAUAGCUUCUUUGCCUGAGGGCCUCAAAUGUGGUCCCCACAGUGACAUGAGUUAGUGUGUAUUCAGGUUCAGGUCCCCAACGGGAUAAAAAAACAAGUCCACACACACACACACACACACACACACUGCAUGACGCACUUUUUUUCUUGUAUUUGUGUUUUCACACGUGAAGCGUCACUAGCUCAAAGCUGAGGCGUCUAACUGUGAGUAAAUAAAAGAGAAACGUUUCUUUUUAGAUGAU